UCCAUGUCUUCCGCGCGCCGCACUUUCUCUUAGUCCGUUUUGGCCCGUGACUAAACGCAUCAGCCCACUAAUUCAGCUGACUAAUUCAGUUUUCUGGCCCGUGAAAUCUGGAGCCGUGGUAAGAGCAUCGGUCAACAUUAGUUACAAAUCCCAGCCCACACGCUGAAAAGCGCGAGUGACGCGGCGCUGAUGGGCCGCUGCCAUUGGAGGCUUGACCGGAGCUCGUGGUUCGGUUACCGGACUGGAGCGAGCGCACAAAUCUGAGCUGAACAUCAUUCACGUCUGUGAUAGCCGCACGUGAUGCCUGCAGGACAGUGAGCGCCCGGGGCAGAUAUACCCGCACACCGGACCGCGGGAGGGGGGAGUCUUACUAUUACGCUGUCUCAGGACGUGCGACCCGUUUAGCUGGAACGAUGCAGGACGUUCAUCUGCAGACCCUACUGGCUGUCGCCCUGGCCAUCAUCUGCUUCUGCCUCGUGAUAGGCUUAUGCAUUUGCUGGCGACGAAUGAAGUCCCUCCCUUCUGAUGAAAAAGAGGUGGGGUUUUCAUCUCCCUCAGCUCCAGUGGACCUCGUGACCGUGAACCUAAACUCCUGCCCGUCCAUUAACAUCCUACCAGUCAAGCAGCAGUACGAAGAACUGGAGGGAGACGUUUUUGCCUACCCGUCUCAGGACAGCAGCCUGUCGCCCUCCGAUGACGAUGCGAACGCUCUUUCCCACACCUCGCCGGAGGCAGUGGGGCCUCAGAAGCCUCAGCUCCCCCUUCGCCGCCUGAGCUCCCCGGUCGUCCCCACCUCCUCCUCCACAAAGAUCGUCCGCAGCCGCGCCUCUCUCCCUUCCAUACGCAGGCUCAGCCUGGUGGUCAAAAAGAACCGCCUCACCGAGCGCCGUUCCACAGUGACCAGCGACAGCUGCUUGUACACCGAAAGCAGCCGAUUGACUGGCACCGCCGACCUCAGUUCGCCCUCCAGCCCCCAGGGGGAGCUCCAGCCGUCUCAGUAUGGCUCUGGCUCCGGGCCCACGCAAGGCAAGCAGCUGCCCUCGCUCCACUUCACUUCGUUCUUCUCACCAGCGAAGAGCACUCUUACGGUCGCCAUCACGGGGGUGUUCCGGGCCUCCAGGAGGGUCAGCGGAGCUGUGGUGCGUGCAAGUCUGCCUCUGCCCUGCCCCGGGUCCCUGCAGGUGGCGCCGAAACGCAGACAGAGCCUGAGCGCAGAGCCGCAGCCUCAGGUGUUCACGCUGCAGGCUGGAUCGUUGGAGAAGCUCCAAGCCUGCAGGUUGCUACUGGCUGCGUUCUGUAAAGACUUCUCCGGCCUCAGGGAGACGUCGCUGGGGGAGCUGGAGCUGGUCUGUUCUGACGUGGAGUGGAAGCCAGAUACCACCAUCACAUACCAAAGGCAGCUCACUCGCAGGCUCAGAAAGAGCACGAGCAGCCAAUCACUAGGUGUGCGAAGGGCGUCGACAUGUGACCCAAGGUCGCUGGGUCAGCUCUUCAUCCUACUCCAGUACCAGUCCCAGGCCCAUCGCAUCAAAGUGAUGCUUCGCAAGGCCGAGGGUCUGGCCAAGCUGACCAAGAUGCCCGGAGCCCCCAAUUACCACGUUGUCAUAAACCUGCGUCACGGCGGGAAAGUGAUCAGUACUAAGGAGACGAAGAGAGCAAGUGGCCCUAAUGCGGUUUGGAACGCGCCCUUCCUGUUUGAUCUGCCAGCUGGUGACAUCACGAGGCUCCCACUGGUCUUGGAGUUCAUCGUCGUGCAGGGGCGGUUAUAUAUGAAAAGCACUGCACUGGGCCAUGUUCUGAUUGGUUAUGAGGGUCCGGAGGCGGGGCAGCAGCACUGGCAAGAGAUGUAUAACCGAGGCCAGAUGGAAACCGUACGCUGGCACGCUCUCCAAUCAAAUACACCUUAGGAUGAUGGACACAUCCUUUAUCCAGUGAGAGUUUUGUCCGAUCACCAAUGGCCUCCCUUGGGCCUGUACAGACAUCGAUAAACUGCCAAGCUGAAUAUCAUGCGAGUGUCUACCGGUAUGAAGUGUAUUUAAAGAAUGUAUUAAUGUAAAUAAUUCCAUCUAUUUUUGAAGUUCCCACAGUGGAGUGCCAAAAUACUAUUGUGACGAAAAAUAGAAACAACAGAAACAGAAAUAACGUGUUAUCAGAGGUGAGUAACCACACCAGUUGCUAACAUAGACUGCUUCUGAAGUUGUUUGUGUGUUGUUUCCUUGGUCUUUGGGACUAGUACUGUCUUGUUCUUUAUUUACUGUGUCAUGUGUUAUUCCUGACUGAAACUUUCUAACCUGUUCGCCACCAUGUUUGUCUGGGUGGUUUUAAAGUUCAGCCAUCAACUGUAUACGUUUCUUGGGACCUGACCAACAGCAGGGACACUGAUUGCAUGACAUUAGAAGUGAAUGUCAUUUACUGUGGUGUGGCUGUGAAGAAGGGUAACAUUACAUAGAAAGCCACAUAUGGCAGCCGUAGCCGUAAGCAACAGAGCGUGUCUGCCUCAGUGCUGUGUUUGAUGCUCCACAGUAAAGAGCUCGUUCAGGAAUACUGUAAUCAGAUAAGCUGUGUUUAUUUUAUUUUUUAAGUCGAUGAGGCAUCGAUCAGUGGGUUUCUGUCCUUGAGCUCAGCAUCACAACACAAUGCCCUGAUGGUGUAAUACAGUGCCCCGGGAGCAUGGAGUUAUUAUAGUGCUCUGAUCCUGUAUGUGAAGGCUCUUAUGUCACUUAUAAAAGAUUUGUCUUGCAACACAACUCUGUCCUAAAAAUAGGAUUGUUUUAUUUUGAAGCUAAGUAAACACAGCAGACCAUGUUAUUUUAGAUGUGAAGGACAAAGGCAGCUGCCAGCGGAAAUUGCAUGUAACAAAAGAACAAUUAAAUUAAAUUAAUCUAACAGUUUAUCAGUCUUAUUAAGGAUGGCAGGUCAGACAUGCCGGUAAUUCAUGGUGGAGUUUGCCAGUGUGGCAUUGUUUUUAUUAAACGAAAUUUCAGUUGUCAAAGGCAACAGUCAGGUCUUCUGUUGUACAGACGACUGGAAGCUUCCUCUUCGAUGGACCUCUUCGAGAGAGGCAUUAAACAUUAUUAUUAAAAGCCAGAACACUGACCCCUAGAGGCAGAAAUUGGUGUUGUCGUUUGAUUCCGUCAUUUAUACAAUAGAAUAUUGCAGUUUGUUGGGUAAGAAAAGGUAACAUUCAUUGUUUUUUGUUGUCACCGGUGUGCUUCAGAUACAUUAUAGUGACAUUACAACAAUUCUAUAAACUUCUAAAAGAAUUAAGAAUUUGGAAUUAAAAAGUGAGCAAAUGGUUAAUAAUCUGUAUUAAUCUACAGAAACACUGGAUGUUCUUUCUAUUAGUCCAGCACAGACUAGUUCACUAACUUUACAUCUAAUGUAACAUAAUGUUGUUGACAUUAUAUUAAUGCCUUUAGUGAAU